GUGUGAAAUCUGGAUCUGUUUAACUUCUAUGUGCAGGAGCCGACAUUGUUGGAAUAAACUGCCACCUGGACCCUCUGACGUGUGUCCGUACAGUGAAGUUAAUGAAAGAGGGAUUAGAGAAAGCUGGUCUCAAAUCUCAUCUCAUGGUCCAGCCGCUGGGCUGUCACACACCUGAGUGUAACUUGGGUGGAUACCCCUCCCUCCCUGAGUACCCCUUUGCUCUGGAGACCAGAACAGUGACCCGCUGGGACAUCCAUAAAUACGCCAGAGAGGCUUACAAUGCUGGAAUUCGCUACAUUGGUGGCUGCUGUGGGUUUGAGGCCUACCAUAUCAGAGCUAUAGCAGAGGAGCUGGCUGCAGAGAGAGGAUUCCUCCCUCCAGCUUCAGAGAAGCACGGACUGUGGGGAGCUGCUCUGGAGAUGCACACUAAACCCUGGGUCAGAGCCAGGUGA